AUGCCCUUCACUAAUGGGGAGGGCAAUAUGCUCCACUUCGACCAGAAGCAAUUUGACUUCAACCUUCAAUUCGAGGCUCUCUUUUUCUCGAUUACUCCUUCCAUUCUAUUUAUUCCAUCAUCGCUAUGGCGAACUCUAGCGGGGAUACGCAGGCCCGUCGUGGUGAAUGCACCCGUCUUGCAGUUCAUCAAAAUAGGGGCCAUCGCAAUCUACGCUGGCUUAGAACUUGCUCUCCUGUUUCUCACCGCGGUCGGCUCCUUUCACAUUAGCCGCAUGUUUAUCGCUUCUUCCGUUCUCCAGCUGCUAUCAGCCCUGUUCAUGCUGACAGUAAGUAUGGUGGACCACAGCCGCAGCCCUAAACCCUCCAUGCUGCUGAACAGCUACUUGUUUCUUACUCUACUCCUGGACAUUGCCCGGGCAAGGACUCUAUUCCUGUCGUCAGACUACAACUCCGAGAUCACAUAUAGCAAUUUAUUCUGUGCAUCGGUCGGGCUGAAGACCGCCAUCUUGGUGCUAGAGGCCUGCCAGAAGGCGAAAUGGGUAGUCUGGGAUGCAACGAAACACAGCCCCGAGGAGACGAGUGGAAUAUUCUCCCUAGGUGUUUUCUUCUGGCUGAACAAGCUCUUCUUGGCUGGGAAUUCGCGCGAAAAAAUGGACUAUACCAAGCUAAAGGGGGAUAGAUUCGGCCUUCUGAAGGUGCUAGUACGUACAUUGUGGGUGCAACUACUCCUUCCUAUUCCUCCGAGGGCGGCUUUGAUUGCGUUCUACAUCUGCCAACCUCUAUUCAUCGAAAGCCUCGUCACGUAUUUGUCUCAAUCGGAGCCCGGUCCAGAUGUGGGAUAUGGGCUUAUCGGCGCUGCCAUACUCAUCUAUUCCGGGAUUGCAAUCUCGUACGGCUUGUACUGGUACUGCCACCACCGACUGCGGACAAUGACAUGGGCGAGCUUGAUUCAGGCUGGUCUCGCUGCCUGGCUGCUCUAUCGGAAACUUGGGGUCGUGUUCGUUGCUCCUGUAGGCGUGGUGGUAGUCUGCUUCGUUGGAUUAGGAAUUCUAAUUAACUACACUGAGGACUCACAGCGCUCUUGGAUGUCUGGGGUUCAGAAGCGAGUCGGGCUUACAGCCACCGUCAUUGCCAGCAUGAAAUCACUCAAGGUAUCCGGUCUUGCUGGUCCCGUGACGGAGAUCAUGAUCAUCGCCGCUGUCUUCGCAUUUAUACCGCAGUUGAUCAGCCCUCCGUUAACCUUCGCGUUUGCCCAAAAAACGCUGAAUGCCUCGACCAUGUUCACCGGUCUUUCAUUCCUGACUUUGUUGACUCAGCCGCUGUCGCAGCUCUUCCAGUCCGUCCCAGAGCUGGUUUCAGGCUUGGCCUGCCUGGGUCGGAUUCAGGCAUUUCUGGAAUUAGAGCCUCGUCAGGACUAUCGGCAGCCCCUGGUAGAAGACCAGAGUGGCGGCUUGGAGAAAAAUUCCAAUUAUAUCGUCAUCCGAGCCGCGAGCUUUGGAUGGAAACCAGACAAGUUUGCCCUGAAUAAUAUCCAUGCUCAAAUUCCCACAUCGUCCCUCACGAUGGUCGUCGGUCCAGUUGGCUCAGGAAAAUCCACAUUCUGCAAGGCCCUUCUAGGUGAGAUGCCCUUCAGCCAAGGUAGCAUCGCGAUGCAAACUUCCCCACGCCACGUCGGCUUCUGUGAACAAACUGCUUUUCUGUGGAACGGUACAAUCCGAGAGAACAUCGUCGGAUUUGCCCCUUUUGACCGCGAGCGAUAUGACCAAGUCAUUGAAGCCACUUCCCUGCGCUUCGACCUUGCUACCCUGUCCCAGGGGGACCAGACGAACAUCGGGUCGGAUGGUGUAGCAUUAUCGGGCGGGCAGAAACAGCGUCUGUCUCUUGCGCGAGCACUAUACCUUCCUUCCAACCCUUUGGUCUUGGAUGAUGUGUUUAGCGGCCUGGACGCUGAUACUGAGGAAAAAGUCUUUCGACAGGUCUUUGGAUCAGAUGGUCUCCUGCGACAACGGGGAUCAACGGUGGUUCUGUGCACCCAUAGUGUUCGGCAUCUCCCAAGCGCGGACUACAUCAUCGUCCUCGGAAACGGCAGCGUUGAAGAGCAAGGCACCUUCAUUGAUUUGUCCACCCGUCCGGGUUAUGUUCGGCGUUUGAAGGUGGGACUAAAGCAAGAGGGCGAGGAUAAUAAUAUCGCUGACGAUGAGCCUGGUCCUGGUCCGUAUCAGGAAUAUAAAGACCAGGCGGAGGCUGACAAGAAACUCCAACAUGAGAUCACUGUCAACAGCACGCAAUCAUCCACCCCAAACACCCCAGGUGUGGCCGCCGCACAGCAGGUAGGUGAAGCCACCGUCUAUAAGCUAUAUCUCAAAAGCAUGGGAUGGUUUGUGGCGGCUUGUAGUCUUUUCUUUGCAGCCCUGUGGGGUCUGUUCACCAAUUAUCCAACGAUCUGGCUCACAUACUGGAGUGACGCGACCGACUCCGUCCAUCCUGCGCACUCCCACUCCUACUAUGCGGGCAUCUAUGCCCUCCUGCAGGUCUGCGCCAUCCUCGCCCUCCUCCUCCUCCUAGGGGUAACGCUCUUCAUUAUCUCAGUAAAGAAAGCCGGCGCCAAUCUCCACCAGCAAGCCUUGCGUACCCUGAUUCGUGCCCCGCUCGCCUUCUUCACUAAUACCGACACCGGAGUGGUCACGAAUCUCUUCUCUCAGGAUCUCAACCUCAUCGACACUGAACUCCCCGAGGCGACCCUCAACACCCUCUUUUGCGUAUUCCAGUCGAUUGGCCAAGCCGCCGUGAUGCUUACCUCGUCCGUCUACCUAGCCAUCAGCUACCCGAUCCUGGGCGCCUUGCUCUACUUCGUGCAGAAAUACUACCUCCGUACGUCGCGGCAGCUACGAUUGCUCGACCUGGAGGCCAAGAGCCCGCUGUACACGCAUUUUCUUGACACUCUCAAAGGGAUUGCCACGCUGCGCGCCUUCGGAUUCGUCCCGGAGGACAUCCACAAGAACGCCCGUCUAGUGGACUCCAGCCAGCGCGCGGCGUAUCUCCUUCUUAUGAUCCAGGAGUGGCUGAACCUGGUGCUUAAUCUUGUUGUGAUGGUAAUCGCGGCGGUCCUGACCACGCUGGCCGUCCGGCUACAUUCCAACUCGGCCUUCGCCGGUGCAUCCAUGUACUCGCUCAUGACCUUCGGCGAGAGCCUAUCCGGGAUCGUGAUUUAUUACACCCGACUCGAAACCUCCAUCGGCGCGAUCGCACGACUGAAGACCUUCAACGAGACCGUCAAGCCAGAGGACCGUGACGGUCCCGGAGAGGAGGACAUCGUCCCAGACACAAACUGGCCGAAUCGCGGGCUGGUCGAGUUGCGCGGUGUAUCCGCCCAGUACAAAUCCACCACUCAUAGCGUGUCUGAAUCUGACUCUGAGUCCAACUCCAACUGCAUGGCAACAACUUCUGGUGCCACCACUACUGAGCCACAAACCUUAGCCUUGAGGAACAUCACUUUAACCAUCUCCCAAGGGGAAAAGGUCGCCAUUUGCGGCCGCACCGGCAGCGGCAAGUCCAGCUUCCUCGCUCUCCUGUUGAAAUUACUCGAUCCACUUUCCUCUCCUCCAAUUGACCAUGAGAGCAGCAGUCUCAAUGAUGACCAAGGUCGUCAGAGCGCUCCGGUCUUGAUCGACGAACUCCCACUGCACCGCAUCCACCGCGCGACUCUCCGCCAACGCCUCAUCGCCGUCCCCCAGGACCCCGUUUUCCUGCCCGACGGCUCCUCCUUCCUGGCGAAUCUCGACCCAACCAACACUGCAACCCCGGCGGAAUGUCAGAAAGUUCUAGAAGCGGUCCGGCUGUGGGAAUUCGUGCAAGAACGGGCAGAGGGGCUGCUCGCGCCGGUCACGGCGGGGACUUGGAGCGCUGGGCAGAGGCAGCUCUUCUCGCUGGGACGGGCAGUCCUCCGAGCUAAGAUUCGCCAACGUGCACAGUCUUUAUCCUUCCCCGACGAUGCGGGAUCCAACAAUGCAGCGCAAGGGGGGAGGGGAAUACUCCUCCUCGAUGAGGUAAGUUCCAGCGUGGACCGCGAGACCGAGCAGAUGAUGCAGGAGAUCAUUCGGGCAGAGUUUCGGGCGUACACCAUCAUCGCGGUCAGCCAUCGGCUCGAGAUGAUCAUGGACUUUGAUCGGGUAGUGGUAAUGGACCGCGGGGAGGUCGUUGAGGUAGGGAAUCCGGUAGCCCUAAAAGAGGCGUCUGGUACGAGAUUCGGGGAAUUGGUGGCCGCCGCUGGGGCGUAG